UAAAGCCUCUUCAGAGCCGGACGCAGGCAGCCUCGGCCGCGGCUCCGCAGGAUUCCAGCGUCUCAAGUUUCAUAGGCGAAGGAGUAGAUCUCCAUGGGAGAGGAAGACCAACAUGGCCGACGCUCCUGUGUGACUAAAACUUUCUGGAAGAUUCUCGCGCACUCGCAGAAAAACACGCCGCGUCCAGCACGGAAUAAUAGCAAGUGCAGCCCAGGUGGCGCUGGACCUUCCGUGGAAAUAGCUAUUAUUUAAGAGUUAGUGAAAAGGGAAGGAAAAUUUUGUGCAGAUGAUAAGUGUAUGAAUUCAGAAACUGAAAAAUUGAUACAGAGCGGGAAUGGAUUUUUUAAAAAAUUUCAAAUAAUAGUUUUUAUAUGCAAAGGAAGAAAAGUAGAGUAAUUCUCAUGUGAAAUCCAUCCUUUGGAACAGCGUGUUUGAAACAGGUGUAAUGAGAAUGCCGUCUCUAAUUGGAUGUCUCCAUACAGGAACUCGGACCUAGGAGAAAGAAAGUCAGAGAAAUCGGUAUUUCUUAAAAAGACUUAGUUGAACAUUUACAAGUUUUUUUUUUUUUUUUAAUCACUCAGUUAGUAGUUUCUUUCUUUCUUUCUUUCUUUUUAAGUUUAUGUUAGUCAAGAUGAAAUUAAACGGGAACAAAACUAUUAGAGAAGAUCAAGUAUUUUAAGUUGUAGACUCCAUGGUCAGUGGAUGUGUAAUUGGUGAGAAAAAACUCAAUGAGUCUCUGCAGAAGGAAAAUGUGAAGAAAACAUGGAAAUUGGAAUGUAAAAUUCAUGGAAGAGGAUUUAUGUUUGAAGAACAUCAGUCUACCUAAAUUUAACCUUAGCUUUGACAUUUACUGUUCCUGAGGCCAAGUGCGUUCUCUCCAGUCUCCUUUCCGUGUUUCAGGCUGCAUGUACCAAGUAGUUCAGACGAUUGGCUCCGAUGGAAAAAAUCUUCUGCAAUUACUUCCAAUUCCUAAUUCUUCUGGAAAUCUUAUACCGCUAGUUCAAUCUUCAGUCAUGUCUGAUGCUUUGAAAGGGAAUACAGGAAGCCCAGUUCAAGUUACUUUUCAGACUCAGAUUUCCAGCUCUUCCACAAGUGCAUCAGUUCAAUUGCCCAUUUUUCAGCCAGCCAGUUCUUCAAACUAUUUUCUUACAAGAACAGUAGAUACAGCAGAAAAAGUUAGAGUUACUUCUGUGGGAACUGAAAAUUUUACCUCAUCAGUUUCUAAAGUUCAGAGUCAUGGUGUGAAAAUUGAUGGACUCACCAUGCAAACAUUUGCUGUUUCUCCUUCCUCAACACAAAAUGAUUCACCUUAUAUUUUAGUAAAUACUCAGAGUCUUCCAAUGACUGUGAAGUCUCCAGUUUUGCCUUCUGGGCAUCAUUUACAGAUUCCUGCCCAUGCUGAAGUGAAAUCUGUACCAGCGUCUUCAUUGCCUCCUUCAGUUCAGCAAAAGAUACUUGCAACUGCAACCACAAGUACCUCAGGAACAGUUGAGGCCUCCCAAAUACCAACUGUUAUUUAUGUAUCUCCUGUAAAUACAGUGAAAAAUGUAGUUACCAAGAACUUUCAAAACAUUUACCCAAAACCUGUUACAGAACUAGCAAAGCCAGUGAUACUAAAUACCACACAAAUUCCAAUGAAUGUUGCUAAAGAGACACAGUUAAAAUGUGGUCAGCAUUCUCAAGCUGCUCCUGUGAAAUGGAUUUUUCAAGAAAAUCUACAGCCUUGCAGUCCAUCUCUUGUUCCUGUUAAGUCUUCAAAUAAUGUGGCUUCAAAGAUUUUAAAAACUUUUGUAGAUAGGAAAAAUUUGGGAGAUAACAAUAUAAAUAUGCCAUCACUAAGUACUGUCAGUCCUAGUGGGACACAAUCCAAAAGUAUGCCUAUUAAAGAUAAUGCCUUGGUUAUGUUUAAUGGGAAAGUCUAUCUAUUGGCUAAAAAGGGGACAAAUGUUUUGCCAUCACAAAUUGACCAACAGAAUUCUGUUUCUCCUGAUAUUCCACCAAGAAAAGAUACAUCACAAAUAGUGAGUUCAAGUCCAGUCACAGAAAUAUCCAGAGAGGUUGUAAAUAUUGUUUUGGCUAAAAGUAAAUCUUACCAGAUGGAGACAAAAUCACUUUCAAAUACUCAGCCUGCUUCCAUGAUCAAUCUAAGGGCAGAGAAGAAUAAAAAAGUGGAGAAACCAUCUCUUUCUACCCCAAACCCACAUAAUAUGAAUCAAUCCAUUAACUACUUAAAUCAGAGUAAGACUUUAUUCACAAAGCCACACUUUCCAGAUGGAUUUAGUACAGUACAAAAUGCCCCCAGAAAAGGAAAUAUCAUCCAAAGCAUAGAGAAAAUAAGUUCCUCUGUUGAUGCAACAACUCUUACUUCACAACAGUGUGUUUUCAGAGACCAAGAACCAAAGAUUCAGAAUGAGAUGGCAUCAACAUUCGAAAAAGUUACUCAAGAAAGAAAUGACAAGAACCAUUCCCAAGGAGGAAGCAGUAAGGCAUCAUAUCUGAAGAGUGAUGCAGAAUUUAAAAAGAAAUUUGGUCUCACUAAAGAUUUGAGAGUAUGCCUUACUCGGAUUCCUGAUCAUUUGGCCUCUGGAGAAGGUUUUGAUUCCUUUAGCAGUUUGGUGAAGAGUGAUACUUACAAAGAGACUGAAUUGAUAGUGAAGGAAGAAAAGAAAAAACAGGGUUUUGAUAAGAAAAGGAAAGCAAAAACCGUUAAGAAGAUGGAUCAUACAAAGAAGAGAAAAACUGAGAGUGUGUAUAACACAGCUGCAAAUGGAGGAACUAACGUCACCAAUUCCCAACUCGUCAGCAGUAUUUUACCAACUUCAGAUGUAUCACGCCAUAACGUUCUCACAAGCCGCAACAAAACCAGAGAAGAAAAGAGAACUGAGGUUGAACAUUAUACCCCUGAGAACCAGGAAAAAGGCACAUUGAGUUCAAAUGCAGCUUUUGAACAGAGUCAUUCCUUUAAUAAAAAUUACACUGAAGAUAUUUUCCCCAUGACACCACCAGAGUUAGAAGAAACCAUUCGAGAUGAAAAAAUAAGGAGACUUAAACAGGUGCUGAGAGAGAAAGAAGCAGCUCUCGAAGAAAUGCGUAAGAAGAUGCACCAAAAAUAAUAAAAUAUUGCUAUACUUAAAGACUGCAGUGAAAUACCUGUGAUUUUUUUCAUAUACUUUUGCAUUAAGUUAAUUAUAGAUGCAUUCUGAAAGUAUCUUUAAAUAUGAAACUUGUUUUUUCAUCAGUUAAUGAUUAAAUUUUAUUUAAAGACUACAAAAAAGGUUGAUUCACACAUGCCUCUUGUGAAUAAUCUACAUGCGGUAUCUGAAUCUUUGCCUAGAUACUUUUUUGGGGGGAAGGAAAAUUUUUCUAUUUUUCUAUUAGUUAGAAUUCCCAAAGUUUGAAUAUUUGUGCAAGGUUUUUUGUUUUUGUUUUUGUUUUUAAUUGUCUACAUCUUUAGCUGAACUGCACAGGUGUUAUUCCAAUAGUAGAGAAUUUAUUGUAUACUACUGAAAUUAGUAGUACUCCAAGGGAGGAUACCAGUACUAAACUUAGCUUUGCCAAUGGGCGUAUAUAUGUACUCAGGCUGUAUCCAUAAAAUGAUACCAUUGUUGUAAAUCUAUUUUAUUUCAUGAAAAAAAAUGUAUUAUAACAGUAUUAUUUAAAAAUUCAAACAUUUCUCAGAGUGAGGGACACUUGUUUUGUGGCUUUUAUAAAGUAGUUUUAUAUAAUUCAAAAUGGGUUUUAGAAUCCAGGCUAUAUAGUGUAAUGUUUGCUUAAAGUAAUAAGUUAACUAUUCCUAGGUAAAUGCUUUUUCUUCUUCUCCUCUUCCUCUUCUCCUUUUUUUUUUUUUUUUGGAUUAUAUACAUAUGUAACUAUGUGAAAAGUAAAUCUGAACAAUGGCCACACUUAAUACUUUUUAAAAGUUGUAAAGUAUACUUUUUCUUAAUGGAGGCAAACAUUUUUCUGUCUGAUUAUGUUUGAUUUGGAGAGUUCAGGAGUUGUAUGGGGAUAGGGAUUAAUGGGAAGAAAGAAAAGUUUAUCCCCCCCCCAAAAAAAAGAUCUCCAAAAGUAAGGUCAAAUAAAAGUUAUACAUACUGAGAAAAAUGCAAACUGAUCGACUAAAUUCUUCUGCCAUUUUUUCUUGUACCAGUUUUAUUGAGAUAAUUCAUUUACCAUAAAUUCACCUCUUAAAAGUGUACCGUUCAGUGGUUUUUAUUAUAGUCACAAAAUUGUGCAACCAUUAACAUGACCUAAUUUUAGGACAUUCUCAUCAUUCCUCAAAGAACCUCAUACCCAUUAGCAUUCACUCCCCAGAUCCUCCACCCCCUCAACUGUAGGCAACCACUGAUAUAGUUUAUGUCUCUAGGGAUUUGAGGAAAUUUUUAAGCAUGGUAGGAAUUAUUCAGGAUGUUUUCUUACGUGAUUGGCUUCUUUCACUUAGUUUAAUGUUUUCAAGGCUCAUCAGUGCUGUGGCAUGUAUUGGUACUUAAUUCUUUUAAAAUUUGCUGAACAAUAUUCCAUUAUAUGAA